AUGUUGGUGCAAGGACAUGUGGUGAGUAAUGACAAACAAAGUUGAAUGAUUGGUUUUCUCAAAGAAAUUAAUUUUGAAUUACUACUAACCGACAUGGUCCAACAUUAUCGAUAUUUGAAUUAAGAAAGAAGAGCAUUUGCCCCCCUCCCCCCCAUUCACACCCUCAGAACUCGCACACUUUGAAAAUCUCAACGCCAACGCCUGAAGCUAACAUUCACACCCUUUCCAAGACUCUGAGCUAGACGCCAUACAGUAAAAAUUGUAUAUUAUUUUUAGAUAAUAUACAUGGAAAAAUUACUCAGUUCUGAUUGGUUAAGAUAAAUGCAGUUUUCAGGUUAUUCAGUGCAGAAGGGAGUUAAUUCAGUGCAGAAGAGGGUUAAUUCAGUGCAAAGAAAGAAACAAAUAAGACAUUCUGAUUGGUCAAUAAUCAAAGAAACUCACAGAUAGCCAAUCAAAUGCGAGCCUUGGAUGUCGCAACAAAAAUUUGAAAAUUUGAAAAUUUGCGAGCGAAACAAUGGCCGGCGUUUUAAGGAGGCUUUCUUUUGCCAACGCAGCUGAAAAACAGCUUAAACAACGAAAACACUGUAAAAAGCACUGCUUUUUGGUUGUCGGUUUGGAAAAAGUGGUGUUUAGAGAAGGGAAUUGCCGAGGAAAUAGAAAAUUACGAGCCGACCCAGCUUAACACUUUGCUCGAGCGAUCCAAUGCCGAAAUUAAAAACAAACAUGGUUAAACCUCGGAAACGACGAUUCCAUUUGAUCGAAAGUGAUUCGGACACAGACUGAACAAUUCCUUGAACUUUUUUGCACCUUGAAGAGGUGAAGAUAUCAUUGCAUAAUUUAUUAUUGUUUUGAUCGUACGCGGUUGUUUUGACCGAACGCACAAUUUGAAUAAAUUAUUUUUGCACUUGAUGCGCGCUUUGCUUAUGUUUAAUUAUGAUAAGCCAUCUCGAAUUUUUCCAUGUAUAUUAUUAACACGUAAUCACAUGAUUUUUCUCGUGCAAUUUGGAAUAAACAAGCACUUGUUAAUUUUUUCCAAGACCACAAUUUUGUCAGUCUUUAAAAAAAUUUACUCGUGCUUACAGGGCGUGAAAUUAAUUUUUUUUUCUGAUAGCCACUUGGCUCCUAAAUUCAUCAAAGUGGUAGCCAAUUCAAAAAAAGUUGGUCGCCAUUUUGAAAAACAAACAAAAUCUUUUUUUUAUGCUGUCAUCGUUCUAGAAAUUAAGUUAGGGAAAAGAUCUUUAACGUGCUACAAAGGGGACACUAGGAUGGAUGAUAUGCAAUGUUUAAGCUCACCUAAAUCCAUGAUGGCAUCUAGUUAUCGAUCGAGAUGCAUCUGCUGCGUUUUGGAAACAAACUUAACGAGGAAGUUUGCCGCGGAUUUGUCUUUGCAAAUCUUUUUAAUUCACUAUAUCUCUAGGUAAGGUUAUGAUGAAACAUUCUAGUCGCCAAUUUGGCGACUAAUUUUCAGGAUUUGGUCGCCAAAGUGAAAAAUUUAGUCGCAUUGGCGCCUGUAUUAGGCGCAAUUUCACGCUCUGGCUUAUUUAUUCCAAAUUGCACUCGAAAUCAUGUGAUUACCUAUACAAAGACUUCAAGAACCCAUACCUCGUCUGGCAACUUAUACCCGUGUAACACUUUAAGCCCUGCGGGCCCGGUGACUAACACCUAAAUUCUCACGAAGGUAUUACCUCUGAAUCAAAUAUAAGGCUUGUCGCGGCAGUUACGGAAAUGACCGCAAACUUGAAUAUUUGGAAAAGCUCUUGAUUUUUAACUAAAUUCUCCUUGUCGGCGUCAUAGCAAGAACAGAAUGGAGAAUAUAUUUACUGACGUUAGGGUGUAAAGAGCUAAGACACAUAAAGGAGUUUUAUUCAAUGUGUACAAUACUGUAUGACAGGUUUGCGACAGCGAGGUCUUUCCAGUCUCCAUUUUCGACGUAGAUUCUGUCGAACUGCAGCAGAUUGACUCGCAGGAAAACGACGAAAUCGAGCCUCUCCAAGGAACAAGCGCUACUGAAAGGUAUACGACUUAUCGCAUAUACCAGGAGCGUAGCACCUGCAAAUCCAUCGGACAAUUACCUUGUCGUAUUUUGUAUUGCCUACAUUUUGCAUCGAUCGCUAUCACAAUUACCAUGGUCAAACUGAAGUAUCGUGACUUGAUUUGAAACAGUGAUUAUUAUGAAGCUUACCUAUCAAACAUGAUAUUUCUAUAGCUCAGUUUAAGGGCAACGGACAUAUAUAACUUCGGCAAAAUCCGGUGCACAAGCUUUGAUUCCUUAUGGUACUCAGAUAUUUUCCACGUUCCCGACAGAGAAAAAACAUUUGUCUUCUUUCAUUACUGAGCUUUAAGUUACAAUCUUUUUCGUUCUUUUUAUUACAACAAGACAUUUUUCUUUGUUAUAGAUUCGAAGACCCCAAAGUUACCACAGACGAUAUCACCUGGAUGGAUGAAAUUAUAAAAAACUAUGGCUUCAAGAAACACCCCGUAGCUGACAUGUGGACGGAACAACCUUCCUUUGAGGAUGAUCUUGGAACCGAGAAUUUCAAGACAGCAGCAGAGAAGGCGGAGCGAUUUUUUCUGAAAUUUAGCAAAAACCGUGGCAAAUCACCUUGGGAACUUUUACAAAAAGUGACAAAAAAUCAGAACUACAAACUCCUUAAAAUUACAGCCGCUAGGUAUCUUUUAGUUACUCACAUUCUUUGGCUUGUAAGUGGGAAGAAGUUAACAGCUUGCAAGGAAAAGAGAGACAAUUACACCGGCAUUCCACAAAGUUGGAAGAUUCCCGAGGGUGGAGUGUGUUUUCCUAAACCAUAUGGCAGCGCCACUUACAAAUCAGACUACGACGUCGGGCUUAUUGGUAAAGAUUCUGGAACCGUCACUCAGAAAUUUAAUAGUUAUUUUCAAACAACCUUUAAGUUACCAUCGGAGCUUGUAUUUGACACAAAUGUUUAUGCCUACACUCUGGAGUUUGCCAUGCCCUCAAUGUUUCCCAAUCUUCCCCCCUCAUUUACUUCCGGUCUUCGCAAAUUUGAGCAAAUGGGAAGGUACAAAAUGCAAGAACUGGCCAGUGCUUAUUACAAGGUCUUCAAGUACAACGAAGGUUCCUUUAAGGUGAUGAAGAAUGGAGCUAUUGGAAAAAUAAAAGAUAAAGAGGCGAAGAAAGAGUUGCUCGGUUGGCUUAGAGAAUUUGAAAAAAUGAACAAGCAGGUGACCUUGAGAAAAAUGAAGAAGCAGCCACUGGCUGAGUUCAGAUUAGCCCACAAUGAGAAGUACCAGGAGUAUCUGCAAAGCAUGUCACAGGGGAAAACAGGAGGUUACCAAAUACAAUCAAUAGGUAAUUAGAUAUCAGACGGACUUGAGAUUUAUACAACUGUUUAUAAUGGUAAAGGGACCGAGUGAAGUCCAAUUCGGACUGUAAUCAUACGAGUGAUUAACAAAAUCGGACGUCCGAUUUGGACGACUCGAAGUCCUGUUCCCAGUUAAUCAUGACCGUCACAAUUUCCGAAAAAAAAAAAAUAGAACCCUAAGGAUUUGGUAUCAUAUACAUGUAGGCUUGAAUUGACAGUUAUGUUCAAUUACGCUGUUUCACAGAUUACCUCGCCAAGGCCCUCCUCUACGCUGCACAGGCAUAUCACACCCGUGGCGCCAUUCGACAUGUGGUACAGGGUCUUCAGAUGAAAGCAAUUCCCACGUGUCAAUAUUACACGCCGCUAUCAACUUACGACCUGUGGGUGUCCAUGAUUGAAAACUGGGGAGAGCUGAAUAAGGAGUACAAACACUGUAGAAACAUUUCCGUGGCGAAGUGCUUGAUGAAGAUGAGUAAGUACCUGUCGAGGAUGUUUGACGCGAUGCGAGUGAUCCGCCGUUCCCGUCUACCAAAGAAUGACAGAGAAGGAUUGUUAGACUUCGGAACAACCGACGACCCAGAGUUCGUGACUCACCUUCUACUGCGAUACCGAAAGAGUGGCAAGGAACUCUCGCCAGCAGCUAAUCAGUUUGUUAUGCUUUUUUGGAAAAAGUUCAAUUGUAAUAUUUUUAAUCCUCAUCUUUCGUAUUUUUGGUGGGAUUGUUUGAAAAAAAUCCAUAAUGAAGUGAAUGCCUACAACAAAAAGUUGGCUGCCAAUGUGAACGAGAUAGAGGGGAUGGAAUUGUUUGAACCCCCUCCAAACAAUUUUUAA